CUCUCGAGACCAAACGCUUUUUUAACACGUCACAUCUUUUUCUUGUCGGCGACACGACGGUUGAACGCCUUCAUUGGGUGUCUGGAAAAAUCAUCAACAAUGGUGAAGAUGCUGCUUUUGUCUAGCUUAAGGGGCGCUGGUGCACCAGUUAAACGUCUGGUAACAUCAGCCGGACGAUGUAAGAAAGGAUUCACCUCAUGUGCAGUGAACAAGAAUGUACUUUUAUGCCAUGGUGGUAAACAUCAAGAGAUUCAUAACCCAUGUAGUAAGUAAAAACUUAUUAAAAAUUACAGUGACGUAAAGGGACACAGUUCUAAUGUAUAUUAGGAUUUAUAUACUACACCAUAGUAAAAAAAAACGAUAUAUUUAUAUAUAUACACACAUAUAUAUAUAAGAAAAACUCGAUAAGAAAUUCCAGUCGGUCUUUGGUGACGGGAUACAUAAGCCGUGUGGUAAGAAAAAAUUAUUAAAGGAUACGGCUUAUCAAGGAUAAUAUAAUAAAAUAUUUGUUUUACGAUCAUUGGAAUUGGUGGUCCAUUUUAUUAUCCAGGGUACAUUGUUUAAAGGAGAUUAUAUGAGCUUGAUAUGGUUUAAUUUGUAACAGUGACCCUCUCUACGCUGUCCACUUUGAUUUGUAACAGUGACCCUCUCUCCGCUGCCCACGGUGGUCUGUCACAGUGACCCUCUCUCCGCUGUCCACGGUGGUUUGUCACAGUGACCCUCUCUCCGCUGUCCACAGUGAUUUGUAACAGUGACUCUCUCUCCACUGUCCUUGAUGAUUUGUAACAGUGACCCUCUCUCCGCUGUCCACGGUGGUUUGUAAUAGUGACCCAUUCUCCACUGUCCACAGUGGUUUGUAAUAGUGACCCAUUCUCUGAUGUCCACAGUGGUUUGUAAUAGUGACCCAUUCUCCGCUGUCCACGGUGAUUAGUAACAGUGACCCAAUUAUCCACUGUCUAUGGUGAUUAGUAACAGUGACCAUCUCUCCACUGUCCACGGUGAUUUGUAAUAGUGACCCAUUCUCCACUGUCCACGGUGGUUUGUAACAGUGACCCUCUCUCCGCUGUCCACGGUGAUUAGUAACAGCGACCCUCUCUCCGCUCUCCACGGUGAUUUGUAGCAGCGACCCAUUCUCCGCUAUCUACGGUGAUUUGUAAAAGUGACCCUCUCUCCGCAGUCCAUAGUGGUCAGUAACUGUGACCCUCUCUCCGCUGUACACUGUGGCUGUUCCUGUGGAAAGAUCAUUUAGUUUCAUCUUAUUCUACGGCCCCUGAAUGAUCUGCUUUUCCGGCAUAUUACAUACAAUGGAAAAUCAGCCUUAGGUGCCAUCUAAUAUUCCGGCAUAUUAUAGCGGAAAGUCAUCCUUACGUGCCAUCUGAUAUUCCGGCAUAUUACAAUGUAAAUUCAGCCUUGCGCGCCAUCUGCUAUGCUGGCAUAUCACAAGGGAAAAUCAGCCUUGCGUUCCAUCUAAUAUUCCGACAUAUUACAAUGGAAAGUCAGCCUUGCGUAUCAUCUGAUAUUCCGACAUAUCACAAUUGAAAAUCAACCUUACGUGUUAUCUGCUCUUCCAGCAUAUUACAACGGAAAGUCAGCCUUACGUGCCAACUGAUAUUCCUGCAUAUUAUGAUGGAAAGUCAGCCUUGAGUGCUAUCUGCCAUGCUGGUAUAUCACAAGGGAAAAUCAGCCUUGCGUGUCAUUUGAUAUUCCGGCAUAUUACAAUGGAAAGUCAGCCUUUCGUGUCAUCUUAUAUUUCAACAUUUUACAAAUGGAAAAGUCAGCCUUGCGUGCCAUCUGCAAAUGUGGCAAAUCACAAUGUAAAGUAAGCUCUGGGUGCCAUCUGUUAUUGUCGCAUACCACAAUUUGAAAGUCAGCCUUGCGUCUCAUAUGCUAUGCGACAUAUCACAACACCAGCAGUUAACUAGUAAAAUAAAUUGCUAGAUUCUGUGUUGAUUGCCUUAAAUAAACCCCCCCCCCCCCAUUAAAAAUGAGUUUUCCCCUAGAGAUAUUUUUUAACCGCAUGUAGCACUGGCCCACCUGAGACCGUCCUCCCCUUGAGUGUGUCUGUUCAUUGUGCACAACCUUAUGCAGACACCACAUGCCAUACUAUUUUUCAUAGGCGCCGAUGCACCCACCAUCUUAGUGUUCUAUUAGGGUCUGACAAACUAGGCAGUGUAGAGUGGACAGCCGUCUUACUCCUUCGUUGCGUAAUCAGCCUUAGCAACUUCAUGCUUCGCACCCCUUUGUUGUUUCUCCUCUUUCUCUCCCUGGCGCAUCUAUAGAUUGGUAUAAAUUAUUGAAAUGAAUUCUGAAAAAUAACCUUAAACAUAAUCGGAACAAUUAGCGAAAAUUAAUAACAGAAUAGUUGUUUAAUAGCUUUUAAAACUGGAGCAAAAAUUUUGGUAAUGAUUUGAGGGGUAAGAUGAAUGACCACACACUGUGUUACACACACCCAAAACCGUAUUAAUCUAUUCAUUCACUCAGCCUGGCCUUGCCUGGAAAAAUGGCACGUUAAAAUAUAAAAGAAACAAAAAUAAAUAUAGCGUUCCUUCUAUUAAAAGGAAAAAAACAAAAAAAAAAAAACAAGGCAUGUUCGUUUCAGAUGGAGUUCUUCUGGCGAGACGAACCCUGAGCCACUCACAGGAAAACCGUAUUAAUCUAUUCAUUCACUCAGCCUGGCCUUGCCUGGAAAAAUGGCACGUUAAAAUAUAAAAAAAACAAAAAUAAAUAUAGCGUUCCUUCUAUUGAAAUGAAAAAAACAAAAAAAAAAAAACAAGGCAUGUUCGUUUCAGAUGGAGUUCUUCUGGCGAGACGAACCCUGAGCCACUCACAGGCAGAGAAUGUUUGGAAAAGUCUAAAGAUCGUUAGCUCCACUUUGGGACAACUGAACAAUAGAAUUCAAGAAGAAACCAAUGAACCAUUACCCUCAACUGAUCUCAAAAAGGUAGGAUUUGUUUUUCUACCAGAUAUUUAUUGUUUUGAAUACUUAAAAGUAAUUUCUUGAUCGUGAAACUGAAAGCCAUGGAACAUAUUGUAACUAUAGUGUAACUUAUAGUCCAAUUUUCUACAACAACUUUGAGCCAUGGCAUCUUCUGACCACAGCCAAUGUCCAAUAAUGAACUGAGGUAAAUAUAGGAUAUAUGACAUCAUUCACUUCCUAGGGCAGCAUUAAGAUUGACAGCCCCGAAACUUUAAAGGUAUUUUAGUUGAAAUAAAUUUCUGACAGUAUAAUCAAAAUGCAUAAUAAAAUUUCUAACUGCGAGCUCAACCCAAAAUUAUGCAUUUGCAUUUUAUUUUUUGUUUAAAUAUAUAAAAUGUUAUUAUGCAUACAUUUAUGACACUCUUAUCUAGGUCUCUAGCAUACCACUUCCUUUGAACUGGCUGCCCAGUUACAACCAGAAAAGAAGCUUUCAUCAUGGGCUGUUUGAUAAUGGGAGGCAAGAUGUUCUGACAUAUUUAAAUCGUAGCCUAGGGCCUUUGUCUUACAACUGCAGAGGGUUACAUCUGGAGCCUGCUAGGUAUUGCAAAAUACCUACAACUUUUAAUGUAAGCACCUUCCUGUGAUACUUUUUGAUAAUUCAUAAGUCAGAUUAUAUUAAAAUUUGAAAUGUAUUGCUAUGUGUUGGCCUAUCUUAUCCUUUGGUAACUUAUUAUGAUUAUCUUAUCUCAUGGCUAUUAUUUGGAGUUCAGGAAAAAAACUUAAACGACUUAUGUAUGUUAAUCUUGUCAUGAUUCUUUUCCCCAUAAACCCUCACUUUUGUCCAGAUGAAAUGACAAUCAAAAUUUAAGAGGGAAGAAAGAAAAUAAUUAUGAUUUAAUUUUUCAUCCAGGUCCCAGAAGUACCGGAUCAGGCCCUUGGGACUACUUUUACGCCACAACUGUGUGCGGAGUCACAACAUAGAAUCAAGAAAAUUGCUCAUGAACACCUAAAAAAAGCCCUUAGAUCCAACAAGGUUAAAGUUGUAAAACAUCAGCCGAAGGACUACCCUGGUAAUUGAUUUAUGUAGUUUUACUCUAAGCGUCGUCACGUGGCAUCUGGAGAGGAAAAAAAAAGGGUUGGGGGGGGGGGCAUUUUUAAUAAAACACUACCCACUGGGAUGAUUUAUCAUCAUAAGAUUUGAUAAAUAAGUGUUUCUAAUGUGUCAGUUUGGUAUCUCUGUUCUUUUGUAACUGAGUCAGUUUGGUGUAAGUUAAAGAUGUGAAAAUAAUAUAACUUUAUUUGUACAUUUAUUAUUUAUUAAUUUAUUUUUUUAGCUGGUGUGUGUUUUGGGGGGGGGGGGUUAGUACAAGGGGUUAGGGGGGGUUAAAGGGGUUGGGGAGGGGUAGGGGUUGGAAAAAUAAUAUAACUUUAUUUGUACAUUUAUUAUUUAUUAAUUUAUUUUUUUAGCUGGUGUGUGUUUUGGGGGGGGGGGGGUUAGUACAAGGGGUUAGGGGUGGUCAAAGGUGUUGGGAAGUGGUAGGGGUUGGAAUCAGAUGCAAUUCAUGUUCCUAAAAAAAAUAGGAUAAGCAUUUUACCAUAAAACUAAUUAUGAACCUUUGUCAGAUCUAAUGAACUAAAUACUAAUAAAGCUUAAGGGCAUAGGUUAUCGGCAUGAAACAUGCCUGUUAGUAAACCCUUAUCAAGAGAUUUAUUUAUUUAGCUAAAGAUUUAACAGGUAAAGUGAUUUUUUAAAAAAAAUAUGCAAAAUGCUAUUUAUAGGCAACUAAAAAGUUUUUAGAAAGGCAAAUAAAAUGAAUAUUAAAAAAAUGAACUAAACAAUAAUAAUAAUGAUAUACAUGAUUUAUUCUUGUACCUACACAUAUUUCAUUACUAAAAUAAUUGGAUAACACCACUAAAAAAAAUUGUUUAUAAAUUACUGAGAAUCCACAAUUAACUUUUCUUUUUUUAAAAAAAUCUUUACCAGAUCGAGGACUAUUUAAAUCACCCCUUGUGAUUCAAGUAGAGAAAGAUAAAAAAUUUAAAAAAGCAGCAUUCCAAGUUCCAGCUGUACUUCGAUAUGUAAGGAAACAUUGUUUCAAUGACGCAUUUAUGCAUAAAUUUAGACGUGUGGUGCUGGAGAGAAUCAUGCGUCGUCAGAAAGACUGCAUGUCAUGCAACAUUGUGCUUGGAUGAAUAGUUGAAAUAGCUUUAUAAGAAAAACUAAAUACAUUGAAACGUGAGGCUAAUAGAUAACUGGCAAUUUUACUUAGGACUAAGUUUGUUUGGAAUGCAUCUUAAUUUUUUUUUGUUACUGACAGAUGAUUAUGGAGAUCACUAAAAGAAAUUUGGAUACCCCUGGAUUGUUCAAAAUUUCCGGAGAUCCUAACAAUGUAGCGGUAAGAUAGUGUUUCAUUCUUUUUUGAAGCUUCAAUGAAAGUUUUUGUGUGACUUAAACCGAUGUAAAAUAAAGACGUACAGUUUCUAGUAUAUUAUAAAUUAUACGUUCAGGUGACUUCAAAUACGUGUCGUAAUUAUGGAAGGUAGGGAUACAUCUUUUAAAAACUCAAAAUCAAGAAUGUGAAAACUCAUAAAGUGCAGUAUUAGUUAUAGGGUAACUACUGAUUUUAAUCAUUUUAAAUAAAUGAAAAGUGUAAAUAUUAAGUAAUUUGUGUAAAAAAAAAAUAAGGUGGGUAGCGAAUAAAAUAAAGGUUGAGAAACGCUGUCCUUGACCAUGCUGGUAGCAAGUUUUCAAUUAACUCAAUGAAUUUUAGGUCUAACUUCAAACGGUAAUUGUUGCCCCCCUGUUUUAAAUGCCUAGAAAAUGAAAACGAAGGUUUAAAAAUAAAAGUCUGAUUAAAAAGUCAUUUUAAGACAAACAUGCAGGCUAAGGUUUACAUAAGAUCAAUGUAUAAAUCAAUUGAAUAGUUAGAGAGCAGCAAAGCUAUCGUUCCUGGCGCAGGGAAGAGGCAAAGAUUAUUAAAUGGAAUAGUUAUUUAUUAUCAUGCAUUUUUAUUUUAAUUCUUCGCACAGAAAUUAAAGAGUCAAUUGGAGCAGACAUUCUAUGGGUCAGGGUCCUUUGAUGGGAGCAAAUAUACUAUUCAUGACUAUACAACUCUUUUGAAAGACUAUUUGCGUGAGCUGCCGGCACGGCUCAUAUCAACAGAAAAAUUUGAAGUUUUUCCUGAUAUAGAAGGUAUUGGUGUUGAAUUGAAAUAUUUCUGAUACAUAAGGUGUUGGUUUUUAAUUCAAAUAUUUCAGAUAUAGAAGGUGUUGGUGUUGAAUUCAAAUAUUUCUGAUACAGAAUGUGUUGGUGUUGAAUUCAAAUAUUUCUGAUACAGAAGGUGUUGGUGUUGAAUUCAAAUAUUUCAGAUAUAGAAGGUGUUGGUGUUGAAUUCAAAUAUUUCUGAUACAGAAGGUGUUGGUGUUGAAUUUAAAUAUUUCAGAUAUAGAAGGUAUUGGUGUUGAAAUCAAAUAUUUCAGACAUACAAUUUUAAUUAAACAAAUUCUAAUAAUUGAAUGAAAUUUAUUUCUUAGUUUUUGUUCCAAUACAGAACUAACGAUGACAAAUUUUAUUCUUUUCAUAGAUUUGGAUUUUGAAACGCAACAAAUUCCAAUAAUGAGAUUUUUUAAUCUGUCCAUGAUACGAGAACACAGAAACACAGUAUGGGUAUGUACUCUGUAAUGUACAGUAUAUAGUUUGGACACUUAUGAAUACGUUCAAUGAUGUCCAGGGUGUCUCUGCAGCAGACAGGAUAUAUAAGAAUAGCUGUGUGCUGGAGCCGGUUGUUUGGCUUGUUAGGCAGCUCAGAGCUGUGUUAGGAGUCUCUUUAAAAGUAAACGUUGUGAUAAUUUUAAACUAAUUUGUGCUGUCAUUAAACCACCUUUUAAAGCAUUUUUUAUUAUUUAAUUAUUAUUUUUGUUGUUGUUGCAGUAUCUCUUAAGCUUUCUAGAAGAGGUUGCAGAACACAAAGAUAAAAAUCAGAUGGACGCCGAUAAAUUGGCUGUAUUCUUUGGACCCAUUUUAUUUAAGAUGUUGGACAUGCCCGCUAAGGAUGUGGGAGACAAGGUUUCCUGUCAUGUCAACUUGGCUAGAGCGUGGAUGUUUUAUUUUCGUAACUUGGCUCUUGUAAGUCAACCAUGGGCUCAUUUAAAGCUGAUCUAACAUUUUAGCUCUCGUCAAUACUUUUCAAAUCACUUUAUCUUUAAAGGAAUAGUAAAAAUUACUAUAGAUGUCAGCAGAAACAAUUGUAAAUUUUAAACUUGUCAAAAAUGUCUGAAUCAUUAUUUAAAGUGUAUUUCUGAUUGAGGAGAAAACUACCUUCUCUUUAGUAUUGAUGGUAUCGAAUUUAGCUAAGUUGUCAAGUGUAUCACUAGAAGGGAGUUGCCGCCUUUCAUUAUUUCAUAGGAAUUUCAAGAACAGACUUCAUUAAAUUUUAUACCAUAUAUUUGAAAAUACAUGAAAAGGCAAUUUAAAAGAAACGAUUAAUAAUUCUCUUUCUCUUGAUCCAACUUUAAAGAAAUGUCAUUUUCUUAUGAUUUAUAUUGGUUAAAUAAAAACUGUCCCUGGGAAACUUUAUAUCACUUAAAUGGUACAUGACCCCUUGUACACUUCUAUCACUUAAAUAAUACAAAACCCUUUGUGCCUUUCUAUCAAUAAAAUUGUACAUGGCCAUUGGAACUUUCUAUCAGUUAAAUUUUAGAUGGCCCUUUGUACCUUUCUAUAACUUAAAUAGUAGAUGGCCCUUUGUACCUUUCUAUCACUUAAAUUGUAGAUGGCAAUUUAUACCUUUCUAUCACAUGUUUAGGCUAUUUUACUUUCUUUCUUGCUUUUCUAUAAAUCAUAUUUAGGUACCAUCUGAUAUUAUGGAUGAAGUUAGGAAAUCUUUCAAGUCAAAACCAGCCGAUGUAAAAUUUGUAAGUAACAUGUUUAUUUUAAUUAAAGAAUUUUUGAAAAAAUAUUAAUAAUAUCAAUAUUAAUUAGAGUUAAAGAUGACAUUAAAAUGUUAGGAUUUGUUAAUGCUUUUAUAUUGCAAGUAUUGAAUGACCUUUAUAACUUUUCUAUUUCAGAAUCCUAAACUAUUUCCUCAAAAACCAAAACCUCCAUCUGUUCCCAAAGAUUUGGUAAAUUUCUUAGACGUUUGUCUUAAUCAUAAAAUAAAUAAAUAACCGGCUAAAAAACAGAAAAAACGAUUUUACCAGCAGACAGGCCACAUCUAGCUUAUAUAAGGAUAUAAGACUAGACUCGGCGCCAACUUGGCCUUUCUGCCAACAUUCAAAUGAGACAAAGUCAAAUAACCUGUCUUCACUGGCCACGUGAACUGAUUAACACUUUUAUGACCUGCCAUAAUAUCCGGACUCAAGAAACGACAUAAAAUCAGACAACGUCCAAGUGAAGAACACCUGUAAUUUCUUCUUCUUCUUCUAUAUCUUAAGGGCCCACGAUCAAUUUUUUUAUCAUAUUCAAUGGACUAUGCCCAAAUGGGACAUUUUAUCAAAUUAAUGAAAUCACUUGUCAUAAUUACUUUCAAGAUUUAUAAAAGCUUUCUAGGCCAAAUUUAAACUCUCAUGAGAACUUUUAAUAAACACUGAUAACUAUCUGUAGAAAGAGUAGUUUAUAAUUUAUUGCCUUUUAAAAAAAUUUCUUUCAUCUCCAGCAAAAUCUUGCUAGUGCCAAAAUUACUGUGCUGACACCUUAUGAGGAUCAGCCUUCCAAGGAAAUAACAAUAGGAGCACAGCAUGUAGCCAAACAAGUUGUCUGUGAAGCAUUAGGAGUAGCCUUGUAAGUGGUCAACUAUGAACGGUUAUUCCAGUAUGAUCUAAAAGACGUAGUGAACUGGUAGUGAUAGCCAACAUACAGAUAGUAACACUAAGGUGGACUCUGCUGAUAUAGAUAUUUCAUUUAUUAAUUAAGUAUUUUAGAUAAAACAUCCAAGGCCCGUUAUUCUUCAAUAAAUUAUACAACCAAUCAUUAGAAUAAAAUUAUUUAUAUUGACUACUUUAUUUUAAAAAAAAAAAAUUAACUUAAACCAUUUGUCUCUGUAUAUUCAAUCAGUGAUCCAUUUGAAGUAAAAGGCAAUGACUCCGCAUCAGACACAACCUCGCUAUUGAAACCAGAUGUACUUCACGAUUUGGGAACGUAAAUAUUAAGACUAAAUAUCAUGCAUAAUUAAGAAGCUUCAUUACUAAUGUAUACAUUUAAUUGCUUUUUUUUAAAAAGAAUAUAAAAUUCAAAUAUCAUUCUAGUGCAGCACUAAAUGAUUCAGAAUUUAAAACUCUUUUAUAUUUGAAAUUUAUUUAUAGACCACUUGGCACGGCAAAUUAAUAUUUUUUUACAACAUAUGCUCCCCUAGGGAUGAGCCAGAAGAUGAUGAUACGAAAUAUAAAGGCGAAUAUGCGCAAUUUUUGUACGAAAUUGGUGGCAAUAUGGGUAAUUUUGAUUUCUUAAACUUAAUUUUGUUGUUGUUCUUUAUUUAUAAUUCUGCAUUAAAAACAUAAUAGCUUUCUCUCACCAAAAUUGGCUCCUUCAGCUAUUACUUACCUAGGGCACCUCUUGAGCGACACCCCUGGCCUUGCCAACCAACAUGGUUAGGGCACGUCUUGAGUGACAUGUCACCUCCUCUAUGACAUCCGUUCUUAGACUAUGACAUCCUUUCUUUCUCUGUCCAACUAUGAUGAUUGUUGUAAGAUUGAUGACUGAAAAAAUGGGCUUGUUAGAGGCGUUGAAAUACUCUUGAUAACUUUGUACAUCUUGAGAUGAAAUUAACAAACACGCCAACCAACAUCGCCUUAUGGUUGUGCAAAAAAAAACAAAAAAAACAUCAACAUCACCACCACCACCACCACACACCUAUGCUAAUGAUUUGAUAGCGUAGUGUUCACUUAUCAUUUUACCCCAUGUUUACACACACAGACCUUACCACACGUGGAAGGCCAUAUAACGCGAGGCAUACCUUACCGCAUGUGGUGGAUCGUUUCGAUAAUUGAAGUGUAUUUGCCUCCACUUCCCUAUUCUAGGUGAACGAUGCCUGAACUCCAACACCAAGAUGCUGGAUCUCUACAAAGCAAAUCCUAAAGCAUUCUGGGUGGUCAAGUCCCGACAAGCUCCGUCAAUGAUUAGAUACAGUCACAUAGUAAAAAGGGACCUUCCUCCACUAUGAGGCCAAGGAAUAUGUUGUCAAGAAGUAUGUGGCCAAGGACCACCCAAACUAAAACUGUGGCUAACUUAACAUAGAUGCCUUUUAACAUCAGCCUAUAACGUCACACACAUUUGACGUAUAGCAUUCAAUGGUAUAAAGAAUUUUCUGUGCUGAACUUCAGUUAAAAAAUUGUUCACUAAAAUAAAUGUAUUAUUAAUUUCAACGUGAGAAAUUUUUUUUUUGAGGAAACCUUUCUUACACUUGUUUAUCUCAGUGAUCAUUACAUUUAUGUCUCUAGUGUAACUUUUGACAGCACAAUUUUCAUCUGAUCAAUAAACAUCAAUCGUAAAGAAA